AUGGCGAAGAAGCAUCACGGCAACAGGGGCUCCUCAGCGCUCAGGCUCAGACGAAGCGCGCCUCCCCCCUUCUCGUCUCGUCUCGACCCCUCCACUUCCACCGGUACUGCAGGCACAGGUCCGGCUUCACCUACUUUAACCUCUUUCUCUGACGACACUUCAAUACAACCUUCGCUUUCGCGUGCCGGCCACUACCGUUUGGCACCCUCCCCUCCCAUUCUUGGAAGCGAGAUGCUGGCCAGGAGAUUUCAUCCCCCUCAGUCGAGCUCGCAACCCCCAACAGGCUCAUACGCCUCCCCCAGCUCCACAGGCAGCGGGGCUGAGAGCAUACCUAGCUCGGCCUCCUUGACAGACACAACCUCCGAAGCUACGAGCGACCCUCCCACCGACCUUCCUACCGGAGCCAGCGAACUCAGCCCCCCGAUUGCCACGAAUUCUGCCCAAGACCAAUCAUCUACUCCCAGCGAAUCCGACUCACAACCCCCGGCAGUAUUCACCUCCAUCACCUCCACCUUUGGUCCGGGGCCAUCAACUAAUUCGUCGCCCACUUUAUCCUCCCCUUCGUCCUCCCCCUCGCCACCCCCUACUCUUCCUCUCACUCCGCCAUCACCUUUGGCUACCACCAGUGCAACGAACACACUCUUGCCAAGCCAGCGGACUCUUGCGGCAGGCGCAAUCGCUGGUAUCGUCAUCAGUGUACUUCUCAUUGUCGCGAUCGCUCUUCUCGCAGCUUUCUUGUUCACGCGCCAUCGACGUAGGUCACGAAUGCCGCCUAGCAAGGAAUUCAUGAUGGCUCAAGCGGCUGGCAUGCAAAAGGGGGGCGCGACCUUCGAUUUCGUAUCUUCUGAUGGUAGGAGCGCGGAGGCCACGCCUAUCAUGAGGGGAUUCCCUAAUUUCGAGACGAGUAAAUUCCCGUAUGGUUGA